ACGCUAGAGUCUCACUCUCUUAAACCCCUGUGCUUUUUCCCAAACCCUAGCUCGAGAAAAGCUGUAUCUUUUGGUGGCCGUCGACUGUUCGACGAUUUCGAGCAAGAAGAAUGUUACUGCUGUUCGAAACCCCUGCGGGGUUUGCCCUUUUCAAAGUCUUGGAUGAAGGCAAGCUCUCCAAAGUUGAGGACUUGUGGAAGGAGUUCUCUACUGCAGAUUCAGCUAGACAGGUUGUUAAGCUGAAAGCUUUUUCCAAGUUUGAAAACACAUCAGAGGCGCUGUCAGCAGCUACCUUAUUGAUUGAUAGCAAACCAAGCAAGGGUCUUCGCAAAUUCCUCCGUUCUCAUUGUGAAGAUGACAUUUUAGCGGUCGCUGACUCGAAACUUGGAAAUGCGAUUAAGGAAAAACUGCAAAUUGAGUGUGUCCAUAACAAUGCUGUCAUGGAACUGAUGAGAGGGGUGAGGAGUCAAUUGACUGAACUUAUCUCUGGUCUAGCUUCUCAAGAUUUGGCUCCAAUGAGCUUGGGUUUAUCUCACAGCCUGUCAAGAUACAAGUUGAAAUUCAGUCCUGACAAGGUGAAUUGUUUUAUAGUUUUUCUUCAGUGGUGUUAUUUUUUAGAUGCCAUCAACCUUAAUACAUAUUGUAUAAAUAAACAAAGGUAAACAGUGAAGUGACCU